AUGGUUUCAACAAGGGGAUCGGGUACAUCGGUGGACCCCGUGGAAUUAAGCUUCAAUGGCAAAGAUUUGAAGAAAGUUAUCCCAAUUGCUGAACAGAGAAGGCUUCAAGAGGAAGCAGAUGCUUUUCCGUCAGAAAAGGAGAAAGACGGGAGAGACCAAGAGCAGUUAGGAGGUGAUGACAAAGAUCGGGAUGCAGAUCAUGUUCUGGUGACACGCAAAACACGCAAGACACGUAAAGGUAGGGUAGCAAUUAAAAACACACACACUGCCAAGAUCAAGACCAAGACCAAGACCAAGACCAGGUCCAAGACUAAGACUAAGUCAAAGGCCAGUACCGCCACCAAAACCACUGCGCUAGCCAACCCCAAGCGAAGUGCCAGAGCGCCAACCCCAGCAAGACUCAAAGCUAUCAAGACCCCUUCCACAGAAGUUGCUGUACCAAAAAGGAGAGGCCGUGUUCCCAAUGCCUUAAAGCUAGGU